CACGAAGAUUUUGUUUUGUCAUGCUGCAAAGAGCUAGCAGAUGCGGCAUGCCAUCGCGUUUCUUGCCGACUGCGUUGCUGCUGCUGGCCUCUCUGUGGAGCUCCACGACCUUUGCAGGCUCUGGCGAGGAGCGGUGCAGACGCUCCGUGGUGCAGAGGCAUAGUGCCCUGCCCUCCGCCCCACCGGUGCCCUUUGGCGCGGCGCGACAACGGUUGCGCGACGCCACGGGCGCCAGCGAGCUAACCGCUCCGUUGCCGUGGCCGCCGGAAACGGCGGAGAUCAUGGUGGAUGCCCAUAGCAUCAUCCAAUGGUACUGGAACGAAACUUUGGAGAUUGAGCAGGACUUAAACCUGGUCCACGACAAGUUCAUGUUUUGGCCUGGGCGAGUGGUGAAUGCUGCCAAGUUGCUGGUGCGACGCUAUGGAUUGGAUCGCCCCCCGUCACCCUGGAGUCCUGUCAUCGUUGUCUUUGAUCUCCCAGAUCCGGGAAUGACUUGGAACGGCAAGCAGGUGAAACUCUACAGAAACCUGGCCAGACAGGGUCCCACUAUCCACGAUGGUUUGACCUUUGCGUGGUCGAACACCUACGUAGACACCAGUGCCUCUGAGAUGUAUCGCUGCGAUCGUGAAGUUCUGUACAUGCUGGAAAUGCUGUCGCGGCCCUAUCCUCGACGGCAAGUGCUGGUGACGGCGGACCCCAAGUUGGCAGAGCAAGCCGAGCUCUUCAGCCUCGUCCGCGGGCCUGAAUGGUUCGACCAGGAGCUACAAAGUCUUGGUCAAGAGGGGCAAGCUGCGCGAGAGGCACUGUUGGGCUUGAAGGAAGACAAUUCCUUGGAAGACUUGCCAUUUGGCAUCAAAAACGCCUUUGCCGCGCGCUGAGACGCUCCUGGAACAAAAAAA